UUUAUGUUUACUAUUACCAUGUCAUGUUAAGAAACUAAACUUUUUUCAAGAAGUAUUUACAAAAUGUCUAUUUUAAAAACAUUCGUUAGAAGUAACAUCAUCCUGAAGUUGCCAAAAAAAAUUAUUAAACGAAACGCCUCCAAAUGGUUCCCUGACGUUAAGUUUUUGGAGCAAUUCGACGGCCCUGUAAUGUACCCCAAUGAAGAAGUCAGUGAGUUCUUUAGAACAAGGAGACCUUUUUAUGACAAACCAAAAGUUCCGGAAAGAAAAAUUAAUAACAUUACCUUAAAUUUUGGUCCUCAACAUCCAUCCGCUCAUGGAGUUUUGAGACUUAUAUUAGAGUUAGAAGGAGAGCUGGUUCGCAAAGUUAUCCCCCAUAUUGGCUUACUUCAUAGGGGCACAGAAAAAAUAAUGGAAUAUGAACACUUUUUACAGUGUGGUCCAUUUUUGGAUCGUUUGGAUUAUUGUUCUGUUUUAUGUUGUGAACAUACUUAUUACUUAGCCAUCGAAAAACUGAUGAAGAUCGAAGUACCAAGGAGAGCAAAAUAUAUAAGGGUAAUGAUGUGCGAAGUAACCAGGAUCAUAAACCAUAUUUUGGCUGUUACAUGCCACAUUUUAGACUUAGGGGGGCUUAGCCCUUUAUUUUGGCUGUAUGAAGAACGUGAAAAGUGUUUUGAACUCGUCGAAAGAUGUUGUGGAGCUAGAUUUCAUGCCAAUUAUUUCAGACCAGGGGGAGUUAGCCAGGAUAUACCUAUUGGACUAAUGGCCGACAUAUACGACUUCAUAAAAAAAUUCCCGGAAAGACUUGACGAGACCGACGAUUUGUUAGAACAGAAUCGAAUUUGGAAAUUGCGCACCAAAGAUAAAGGAAUAAUAAAUGCAGAAGAAGCUAUUAAUAACAGUUUUAGCGGUGUUGCACUCAGGGGAUCUGGCGUUAAAUGGGAUCUUAGAAAAACACAACCUUAUGAAGUUUAUGACGAAAUGGAAUUCGACGUGCCUAUUGGAAUAACGGGUGACAUGCAUGACAGAUAUAAAUGUCGCAUGGAAGAGAUGAGGCAAUCCUGUAGAAUUAUAGAACAAUGUAUCAAUAAAAUGCCCCCAGGAGAGAUUAAAACGGAUGAUUGGAAGGCUUGUCCACCAAAGAGACGCGAAAUGAAGACGUCAAUGGAAGCCCUGAUCCACCACUUCAAGUAUUACACACAAGGUUUCCAAAUCCCACCGGGUGCAACAUACACUGCCACUGAAAAUCCGAAAGGUGAAUUUGGCAUAUACUUGGUAUCGGAUGGCGGUUCUAAGCCUUAUCGAUGCCGACUUAAAUCUCCUAGCUUUACACAUCUAGCGGGAGUAGGCAUAAUGUUGGACAAAAAUGCAUUUUUAGCAGAUGUUGUUGGUUACCUUGGUAGUUUGGACAUGGUAUUCGGAUGCUGCGAUCGAUAACAUAUUUUGUAUUUUUACUAUUUUUGUAUUUACCUGCCAUUUAUAUUUAAUACAGCAAAAUAAACAGAA